AUGGCUUCAUCCAGCGAUGCCCCUCACGACCAAUACUCGCCGAACCUUGCAGCUGCGGUUGUCCACAAUCCGCAACAAGGAACCCCCAGUCAUGGCACUGAUCUGAAUAAGUCGCCCAGUCAUCGCCAGAACAACAACAACACCACACUACCUGGCGGGAUGUCCCCAAGCGAGGCCGGAGCUCAGUGGCCCCUCGAAAAAGUCCUCUUAUGGCUUGCCGUGAAUGGAUUUUCAAAAGAUUGGCAGGAAACGUUCCGGGUUCUCGAGCUACAAGGAACGGAUUUUCUCGAGCUGGGUCACGGCUUUAACGGCCGACCCAACCCAGGAAGGUUGUAUAACGUUGUCUAUCCCCAACUUGCCAAGGAAUGUGAAGCCAGCGGAACAGGGUGGGACCAAGCGCGUGAGCGAGAGGAGGGAAAGCGCAUGCGCAGAUUGAUCCGUCAGAUCCAAGAGUCUGGAAACUAUGAUCAAGGCAUCCCGGUCAACAAGCGACGAGAUUCGCAGAACUUACCGGCUUCUGCUGCUGAAGGCACGCUCGAGGCCUCCCCAAAGCUAGCGCAUGAGCACACACCCCUUGAUCAUAGCUCCGGAGCUAUAGCCAAUAGCCCCCUCAGAGCACCCCAAUCCGCCCAAAGUAAUAGACGUUCCUUCACCACCCCUCUUCCUGGUACAUACGACCAUCCCGCAACUGAUCUCACUUCUGGCGAAACAACGAUGUGGCCUCGUGCCGACGUCACGCGCGCUGCUAUGCUGGGUAUCAACGAAUAUCGGGGACUUAGUCCUGCCGGCGACGGACCUGGCUUUCCUCCAACGAGCCGACCAUAUGAAAACAGCCCCAAAAGUGGCAGCCCUGCGGCCCAGUACGCUACUAUAUCUCGUCAAACACCGUCAUCUUCCACCGGAGACUUGAACUUCAAACACUCGCGAGACAACAGCUCCGACUCUGCCACGGGUCGCCGGUAUUAUGAAUCAUUCAGACAGGAUAAUGUCCGCCCAUCGCCGCAAGAAACGCACGCACGUCACCCAAGCGGUGAAAUCCCGGCCUCUUACCAUUCGAAAGAUCAUAGCAACCGAAUUCUACAUUUCUUCAAGAAGAGAUCGAAAGACUCGAGUCAGCCGUCGCCAGAAGAACAAUUCCUAGAGUCGCCUACGAGUCCAGUCAAUACACGGCAAAAUAGUUCCACUCAUCUCUAUGCACGGCCAAAUUUCAGCAAUAGUGAUAUGUCUCUGGCCGAGCGUCCAUCAUCUUCGUCCGUCUCAGACCACGAGCGAUUGGCUCCUCGCCCCAAGCCUAUGCACAAGGGAAAGAAAUGGGCUUUUGUUACCUUGGAUGGAUGGACGUACCGUCUGGUGGAUAUUACGGACAUGGAUUCAGUCGAGACCUUACGUGCGGCAAUCUGCCAGAGUCUAGGUAUCUCCGACUGGCCGGGUGCGCAGAUCUUCCAGACGGAACCCGGUCAAGCAGAGCAUGAAGAGCCGCUGAAUGACACUAAUUUGGCGCUCUGUCGGCGAAUGAAGGCGGACGCGUCUGGGUCGCUGAAAUUGCUGGUGCGCGGAUCGUCCAUGCACCCCAGCACAAGCCGUUCACCCUCAAACUUCACGGGUCUUGCCAUCUCCAUGCCCGACAAGCUCUCAGCUUCGUCGCCGACCGCAACUCAUCAUAGCGUACCAAGAAAGGAAUUGGACGAGGAAGCCCUGAAUAGGCUUGCACACCCACCAGGAAAACCUACUUCCCCCCAGUCAGCCUCCCGUCCACGGCCCGGAGCCCCUGUAAUUAAACAGGGUCGGGAUGUAUCGCAAGGCGCCCCGCGCCUAUCUCCAGUGGAUGCGGUGCAUGAUUCCGCAGAUCCAGAUUCGGCCAACUUCAAGGCUCGUGUGGAAGAACAUAAGCGUGAAGUCGAGCGGAAACAGCAGGUCUACCGCAAAUCGAAGGUUCCUCCAGUGUAUAGUGAGACCGGCUUCAGGCGAGAAGGCGUCAUCGAUUUUGAUUCUCCUCGGAUAUCCCCCUACGAAGACAAACGGCCGUCGGAUAAUCUCGUGCCCCAGCGCAGGCCUCCAACCGCUCCCGGUGAGUCAAUGACACUCACCAAGGUCAAUUCUCUCAGAAGAAAGGACGGAGCACCGCGUGGCCAACCAGGCCUAGGAGCCAUGCUGGCUAGCGUCGGUAAUAUGACAAGCGCAAUCGGGAAGCCCUCAUCAUCAGCGGACGGCAAAGCUGGAGCUGCUGGAGCAAGCCCAAGCCGGAACACACCAGAGGAACCAAAGAGUGCUUCGCAAUUCUCGUCUGUGCAAAGCAGUCAACCAACGCCCACGUCUCAUACGAAUCCGUCUUCUGCGAAGAGCAGUGCCACCACUCCUGAAGAACCAAGACCAGGCCUCCAGUCCCGCAAAUCCUACGGCCCAGAUUUCGAUUUUCCAGAGCCCAGUGUUCCUUUCGAAGGCUCUCCGAUGCCACAGGAAGAUUCUGAUGAUGAUUCUGAUGAAGGCCUUUUCGCAAAACCGUUGGCCAAUAGACAAACGCCGACCAAGGACAAGGGGUCUGCAGUCGGCACCCAGGACCGUGAAAGGACGCCUAGGAAGCCGUCUCUUACUGUGAAUACGGAGACACGGCUGAAGAAAGGGUUGUCAGUCAGCUUCCGAUCUCCCAGUGCCACUCGCGAAGGCUUUGGCUCUGCUAUGGAGUCAGCCAGCCAAAAGGGAUCUUCUUCCGAGAUGGGGCAUUCCCCUGAGGAUGAGAAGCCGCCACGAAGAGACUCAUUCGCUCGGGAUGUCUGGGCAAGCAGACCUCCAGUCGAGGGCGUCAUUGACCAUCUUGACGACUUCUUCCCUGACAUCGACCUUGAUGCGCCGUAUCUUGACGGACAAGGCGUGUCUCCACCAUCAUCUCCAGCCGCCAGAGCGCCAGCCGACAACGAGUUGAAUCAGAAAGAGCGCCAGGCAGCCCAGGCUCCCGCUGAAGCUGCCGCUAGUACCAUGGACUCGGCUGAACCGACAGUCCGGCCACACGAUGCUGGUUUCGUUGCUCGCCGCAACGUUAACCGGUCUGGUGGUCUCACUCGCAUGAAGUCAAUCAGAGAAGUCGCAAAGGGCGCCAAUCAAGCCCACAGACACCGCAGCUCUCAAUCCACGGGCAACCAAAAGUCAGGAGAGAUCCUCCGAAGGAAGAGCACGAAGAUGUUCGGAGCCAAGAUCAUGCAGAUCAGUCCUAGACCUGGUACCAGGGUCAGCCAACUUGACCCUAUUCCCCAGAAUGCUGCCGCAGCAGGAGGCGUGCCACAACGGCAACCGACUUUCCGUAUCAUUCGCGGUCAACUUAUUGGAAAGGGAACUUAUGGUCGGGUGUACCUGGGCAUGAAUGCCGAUAAUGGUGAGGUUUUGGCCGUCAAACAAGUCGAGAUCAAUCCUCGAAUUGCCGGGCAGGACAAGGAAAGGAUCAAGGAUAUGGUUGCAGCCCUUAACCAGGAGAUUGACACGAUGCAACACCUCGAGCACCCUAAUAUCGUGCAAUAUCUUGGGUGCGAAAGAGGAGAACUCUCCAUUUCUAUCUAUCUGGAGUAUAUCUCUGGUGGCUCUAUCGGUAGUUGCCUUCGCAAACACGGCAAAUUCGAAGAGAGCGUUGUGAAAUCCCUGACGUGGCAGACUUUGAGUGGGCUGGCCUACCUCCACGACCGGGGAAUCUUGCACCGUGAUUUGAAAGCAGACAACAUCCUUUUGGAUCUUGAUGGGACUUGCAAGAUCUCCGAUUUUGGAAUCUCGAAGAAGACCGACAACAUUUAUGGAAACGAUUCGACCAACUCCAUGCAGGGAUCUGUGUUCUGGAUGGCGCCAGAAGUCAUCCACUCGCAGGGACAGGGCUACAGCGCCAAGGUGGAUAUAUGGUCUCUUGGAUGUGUGGUGUUAGAGAUGUUUGCUGGGCGUCGACCUUGGAGCAAAGAAGAAGCGAUUGGCGCCAUCUUCAAGCUGGGCAGUUUGAGUCAGGCGCCUCCGAUCCCAGAUGACGUGUCAUUGAACAUCAGUCCAGCAGCACUUGCCUUUAUGUAUGAUUGCUUCACUGUGGACUCAUCUGACCGGCCAACCGCUCAGACGCUCCUUACUCAACACCCGUUCUGUGAACCGGAUCCCAAAUACAAUUUCUUGGACACGGAGCUUUACGCCAAGAUCAGACAUGUUCUUUGA